GCGAAAACAAAGAAAUGCGGGAAGAUUAGACAAGCACGGUGAAUUGUUCGCUCAGCAACAAUUUAUCAAUAUUUCUGAAUGUAAUUGUGACGUUAAAGUAAGCUAUUUGCAUGUUUAGAGCAUGUAUACGUAAAAGAUUUUGGAUCAAGUAUAAGUGCAUAGACAUGGAUAGUCCAAUGAGCAACGUCAACAUACCCAGGAAAUACACGCUGGGUGGCACUAAAGUCGAGUUUCCUUAUUCACUGAAACCAUACCCUAGCCAACUGACAUGCAUGUCAAAGGCUGUGACUGGAGCAAGACUGGGGCAAAAUUGCCUCCUUGAAAGUCCAACAGGGUCAGGAAAAACAAUGGCAAUGUUGUGUUCUCUGCUUGCAUGGCAAAAACAAUUUCGAGAGGAGGCAGAGCAGGCUGCUAAAGAAGAAUGUGCAAGAAAGAUGCAAGAGCUGAUUGAAAAAGAAAAUAUUCGUGCAGCGCAGAUAAUCCAGCAAGCUGAAAACCCUAAACAAACUACUGAAAACACUGCAGAAAUUGAUGCGCACAUUCCACCUUCGAAAGCCAUAGAUGAGAUAAAAAAACCGACUGUGGCGAAGAACAGAAUGAGUCACCUGGAUAACUGGUCAGAUGAUGAGGAUGAUCUCGAGAUCAUAUCAAGCAGUUUUGACUGUGAUAAAGGGGAUUCUGACGAUGACUUCAAAUCUCCAAAGAAGAAGCAUAUGAAAAAAAUAGGAUCUGAAAAGAGCACACCUCAGUCUGUGAAAAAGCAACCUGCAAAGAUCCCCAAGGUUAAGCUCGUAAAUGAUGCAGACAGUGCUGAGGAGGAAUCCUGCGACAUACCCAGGAGGGCAAGGGUGCCGAAAAUCUUCUUUGCCACUAGAACCCACAAGCAAAUUGCUCAGGUUGUUGACGAGCUCAAGCGCACUCCGUAUGGGAAUGCUAAAAUGACCAUUUUGAGCAGCAGGGAGCACUCCUGCAUCAAAUGGUUGGAAGAACCUUUCAAAAACAAAACAGAAAUGUGCAAGGCUCUGUUGGAAACGAGGGGUCAAGAUGAUGAUCAAAAUAGAAAGGGGAUCCAAAAAAAGCCUGGCUGUGCAUACAAGAAUAAUUUGGCAAAGUACCAUAUUGGCCAAUUGAUGGAGGCAAUGGAAUUAAAUGAAGAACCUUGGGACAUUGAAGAGUUAGUAACAGGAGGCAGGAAGUUUGGCAUUUGUCCGUACUUUGCAGCAAGAGAUCUGAUGAUGUCUGCAGAUAUCAUAUUUUGCCCUUACAACUACAUUGUUGACCCACUCAUUAGGAAAUCGAUGAACAUCAAUCUGUCGGACAACAUUAUUUUAUUCGACGAGGCACAUAACAUUGAGGAUGCGUUCAGGGAGUCCAAUAGUUUUACAUUCACCACCAAAGAGCUGGAAGAGGCUGUUAAAAAUUGUGACUUGGGGACAAUUAUUAGCAGCAGAAAGACUGCCUGUGCAAAAUUGAAAGAGAGUCUGUGUAUCUUUGGAAACUGGAUGAAUGGAACGUCCAGCAAGCUUCGACUAGAGGACUCUGGUUCCAGAGAGCGAACAUUCACGUUUAGCGGAAGCCAAUUUGCAAAUGAGAUUGAAGUUGCAGGCUUUGACGAAAAACAAUUUGAUCUGUUUAUGAGUUCUGCAGAAGCAGUGUUUUCUGACGAAGGUGGGAAUAGUAGUGCUGGAAGAGCACAAGCCGAGGAUGAUGACGAUGAAAACAAAGAGAGCCAUGAACUAAAAAUAGGAGAAGACCCAAAAGCCGUUGGGAAGAAAGAAAUCGAGGACAUGUUCAAAGCAUCACCACAGCUUAAGACGAUGGUAGACGGCCUUAAGUUGGUCAUGACUAGAGUAUUUAGCGAAAAUCUCUCCAACCGAAAUGAUUACAACGUUGUCCUCUUCGAAACCGCUUCCAAGUUUUACAAAGAAGGACCCUCUGAAGGCGGGUGGCAGGGCAAGUCUGCACUGGAUGUGCAGGUUUAUUUGGGUCUUCACAUCUGGUGCAUGAAUCCUGCCGUUGGAUUUUCUGACUUCGACCAGUCACGCAGUGUGAUUGUGACUUCAGGCACCCUUUCUCCAAUGAGUUCAUUUCAAUCAGAGCUGGGUGCAAAAUUCCCUCACAGCCUCUCUACUGAUCAUGUCAUUAGCCCAUCACAGGUUUGGGUCGGCAGUGUUGCCUGUGGUCCGCGUGGUCGCGCAAUCAAUGGUGUUUAUAGAAACGCCGUAACCAUUGAUUACCAGGAUGAAGUAGGCUUGUCCAUUCUACAGAUUUGCUCUGUUGUUCCAUUUGGUGUGCUAUGCUUCUUCCCCUCUUAUGCAUCUCUUGAAAAUGUCUUAAAAAGAUGGCAAAUGACUGGCACGUGGCACAAACUGACAGCCAUGAAAGAUGUGAUUGUGGAGCCUCGCCAGGUGAAGGAUUUUGCAGACGCCAUGGCAAACUUUGAUGAUUCUAUUAGAAGAGCAGAAUCUGGCCGCCAUCAGACACAGACAGGGGCUCUUUUGCUGGCUGUGUGCAGAGGAAAAGUGAGUGAAGGAAUCGACUUUCGAGAUAAUCACGCACGAGCAGUCAUCACAGUGAGCAUUCCGUUUCCUAACGUUAAAGACAUGAAUGUCAAACUUAAGAAGCAAUACAAUGACAAAAACCAGCACCGUCAGCUUCUUCCUGGCAACCAGUGGUACGAAAUUCAAGCAUUCAGAGCCAUCAAUCAGGCCCUUGGAAGGUGCAUUCGCCAUAAAAAUGAUUGGGGUGCAAUUAUUCUGCUUGACGAUCGCUUCUCCCCAAAUAGCAGAGCAACACAAUCUAUUUCUAAGUGGGCAGCAAAGAAUUUGAAUUACUAUGAUAAUUGGAGAGACACAUUUGAUAGUUUAACAAAUUUCAUGAAGAGAAUGACAGAAAAUAUGGGCAAAUGAAUUCCUCAAUUAGGCAGUUUUAAGCAUCAAGUAAAAUGAUCUAAUGUGUAUUGAUAUUUUUUUAUUCUGCUCAAUAAAAUCAGGCAAAAAACGAAUUUUAGCAAA